CGACCGGUCAAGUACACGAAAAUUGACGGCACCGGCAAUUAUUGGUUAAAUAAAAUUUCUCUUGGUGCAAAAAUGUUUUCUUAUAUCGCUUAUUUCUGUUUAUUUUUGACGGUUGCAAAUGCAGACCUUGUGCGAUCGAAAGGUUCAUGGGUGGAGGCACUCAACGAGGAUAAUUGGGAUCGGAUGUUAACGGGAGAAUGGAUGGUGGAAUUCUAUGCACCCUGGUGUCCUGCAUGCAAGUCCCUUGAACCGAUUUGGGAAAAUCUGGCUUUUCGAAAAAAAGAUCUUAACAUUGAUGUAGGAAAAGUGGAUGUCACAAACGCCCCAGGACUCAGCGGUCGGUUUAUGGUUACUGCUUUGCCCACUAUUUAUCACGUUAAAGACGGUAUCUUUCGCCAGUACAAAAGUCCGAGAGACAAGGACUCACUGAUCGAAUUCAUAUCCGAAAAAACAUGGAAGAAAAUCGAACCAAUUCCCAGUUGGAAAAGCCCAACUUCGAUCCAGAUGUCUAUCAUCAGUCAAUUCUUCCGAAUGUCUCAAGUUUUAAGAGGAAUUCACAACAGAUUGAUGGAAGAUUUUGGAAUGCCGACCUGGGGCAGUUAUCUGAUUUUUGCCAUCGCUACCAUUGUCUUGGGCGCUGUUAUUGGACUUAUUAUCGUCUGUCUGAUUGACUUUAUCUACCCACCGAAAGACGUUAACUCUCAAGGCAAAAGAAAGUUAAAGGACGGAUCUGGUGAUUCUUCACAGGAGAAAAAUUCCGGCGACGAAGAACUUGUGGAAAAUGUUAAGGACGAUCUGGUCGAUGAGGAAGGAAGCGAGUCGGAAAAAUCCGAAGGAGAUAAAGACUCAAAGGCGACCCCGAGCAGUCCCAACGUUCGCAAACGCAAACCGCGUAAAGCCGACUAAAUCUCUUAGGUUCUUAAAUUCAAGUUGCUCCAUUCAAAUCUGAAAAAGACGAUUUCACUUCUUUAAAAUAUGUAUUCGCAGGCGCAGCGAUAGCAAAUCUAAUACUCGCAAUUUUCCAAGAAAACUUGUAUACGUGUGACAGUCGCUGCACAAAACUUGUUCGAUUCCGUGUCCAAACGAAAAGACUGGAUAGCUUUUAAAUUUUUGUUUAUAGUCUAGGUUUUUGUUCUAGAUCCCAACUUGUAUAAAAUCCAGAAUGCCGAGUCUUGAAAAAUAGAAGAAUAAUCAAACUCAGAUCUUUUUAAAAGCUCUUGUCUAUUCUGUUUUGUAAUCUCGACUCUCAAGUUCAUAAAGAUUAAGUUCUUAGCUAGCUCUCGAGGACAUUUUUUUAAAUAGAAAAGUAGUGCCUUAGGAUUGAUUAAUUUUUUUGGAAUAUUUUGCAGUCGAGAAUACGAGAUAUUACGCGGUAAUUGAGGGCCCGAAUAAAAAAACCGGUUGUUUUUUUUUGGUCCGGGCCCUCAAUUUAGAAGGAAUAAAUUGAUUUUGAAGUCGCAGCAACAGAAUUGCGAUCGGUGCAGAAUUAACGAAGGCACACUAAACUGAUGAAUGAUGGUAAUAAUUUCCAUUUUACUAAGAUAAUACAAACGAGUGUUUAUGUAAAUAAUUGUUUUUUUACACUCGAGCAAUAACCAUUAUUAAAUUAAUUAUGCAGCUUAAAAUAAUGUCAAUUUAUUAAAACGUGAAUUAACAAACAGUAUUGAAUUUAAUUUAAAGGUUUGCUUUCGUUAAUUCGUGAAAUUUCUUGCAUUUAAUUCUAUGGAGUACUUAGCUUAAAAGUUCAACUCUUCGUUCCUAAUUUUAUAAACAGGGUGUCUACCUUAACGAGGAAAACAGAAAAAAGGCCGGGAAUUUUGUUCGCUCUGAAAACCCCGGGAAUUUGAUUCAGUGACCGGGAUUUUUCAUUAAUCUUGUUCAAUCGCGAAACGAAUCAUGAAACAAAUUUUUGCAAUUUUUGUACAUUUUGAUAUCCUAUAGCAUUUUUAUGAAAUUGUAAAUAUUUACGAUUUUAAAUCAAAGAGAGAAAGCUUGACGGUUUAGAAUAAAAAUAUAUAAAUUGGAAUUAUGUUUGGGAAACGGGGGAUUUUGACUUUGAAAACGGAAUUUUCACCGAAAAAAUUUUGAUUUAUACAUGGAUUUAAAAAAGAAUUAUAAUUCUGAUUAGGAACAGUGAAUUUACCAGACAAAUUAUAAUUUCAAAUCUAAAAGAACAUUUUUCGAAGCAAUUAUAUGUCAUUCUGAAUUGGAUUUAGGAAUUUUCAAAAAAAAAAGAAUAUUUUGGCUUGGAAGAGGAAAUUUUCGGGAGAAUUAUAAUCCUGACUUGUAACAGUGAAUUUCUCAAAAGAAUAACAAUUUUC